CAUCAUUCUUCAGAAUAGAGGAUACGUCAGAAUUGUGCAGCCGAGACGACAACUUCUGUGUCGCUUUCAAAUGUAUUACUACUGAUUAAGUCUGAGGCCGGUAACAUCAACAGUGAGGACAAACCCAACUUGCCUCUCUCCUUCCACACUCCAAACCACAGUCCAAACCUACAGUCACUGGGUCCAGAUUGUGACAGUGGAGCCCAGUUUGCACUGCAGGAUCCAGAGAUGGCAUCAGUGAAGCUGGAAGACUGCAGUCAAACACUGGAGCUGAAUGUCAACAUUAAAGAUGAAGAAGAGGAGGAGGAGAUUGGAAUAUCUGUUUCUCAUGGUAUGAGGCCGGUAACAUCAACACUGAGGACAAACUCAGCCUGCCUCUCUCCUUCCAAACUGAGUCCAAACCUACAGUCACUGGGUCCUGAUUGUGACAGUGGAGCCCAGUUUGCACUGCAGGAUCCAGAGAUGGCAUCAGUGAAGCUGGAAGACUGCAGUCAAACACUGGAGCUGAAUGUCAACAUUAAAGAUGAAGAAGAGGAGGAGAAGAUUGGGAAAUCUGUUACUCAUGUGAGUCCAAACCUACAGUCACUGGGUCCUGAUUGUGACAGUGGAGCCCAGUUUACACUGCAGGAUCCAGAGAUGGCAUCAGUGAAGCUGGAAGACUGCAGUCAAACACUGGAGCUGAAUGUCAACAUUAAAGAUGAAGAAGAGGAGGAGGAGAUUGGGAAAUCUGUUAAUCAUGGAGACCAUGUUGAGACAUUCUCUACAUCCAGAGAGCAACAGCAGAAAGAUCACAGAGCUAAGAGGUCUCACCCCUGCCCACAUUGUGAGGAAAUAUUCCCAUUUCUAUCAAAGCUAAAAAUACACCUAAAAAUACACACAGGAGAGAAUCGGUAUUCCUAUACUGACAGUGGGAAGAAUUUCACAACAUCCAAGGAUCUGACAGUUCAUCAGAGAGUGCAUACAGGAGAGAAGCUGUUCUCCUGCUCUGACUGUGUAAAAUGCUUCACAACAUCAGCUAGACUAAAAGUUCAUCAGAGAACACACACAGGAGAGAAGCCUUACUUCUGCUCUGACUGUGCGGCGAGUUUCUCUCUACUGUGCAACUUAAAACGUCAUGAACGUAUACACACAGGAGAGAAGCUUUACUCCUGCUCUGACUGUAAGGCGAGUUUCUCUCUACUGUGCAACUUAAAACGACAUGAACGUAUACACACAGGAGAGAAGCCUUAUUCCUGCUCUGAUUGUGGAAACAGUUAUUCUCUACUGGGCCACUUAAAAAGACACCAACAUAUACAUACAGGAGAGAAGCCUUACUCCUGCUCUGACUGUGGAAAGAGUUUCUCUCGACUGGGCCACUUAAAAACACAUAAACAUAUACAUACAGGAGAGAAGCCUUACUCCUGCUCUGACUGUGUAAAAUGCUUCAUAACAUCAACUGAGCUAAAAGUUCAUAAGAGAACACACACAGGAGAGAAGCCUUACUCCUGCUCUUAUUGUGUAAAAUGCUUCACAACAUCAACUAGGCUAAAAGUUCAUAAGAGAACACACACAGGAGAGAAGCCUUACAUCUGCUCUAACUGUGCGGCAAGUUUCUCUCUACUGUGCCACUUAAAACGACAUGAAAGUAUACAUACAGGGGUGAAGCCUUACUCCUGCUCUGACUGUGCGGCGAGUUUCUCUCUACUGUGCAACUUAAAACGACAUGAACGAAUACACACAGGAGAGAAGCCUUAUCACUGCACUGACUGUGAGAAGAGAUUCUACAGAUUGGGCCAUUUAAAAAGACACCAAUGUGUACAUAAAGGAGAGAAGCCUAAUCAGCUCUCUCAGACCAGCUAAGAUUAGACACUCCACUUAAUUCUCAUCUCAUAAAAUAAUUGGCAACGUUGAAUUGGAUCAAAUGAAGAAAGUGUAGAACACUCUAUUGUUGUCCUAUUGUUUCUCAAUGUGAUAGAACUGUACAGAGGAAAUGGAGCAUUAUAGAAUGUUAACCUCUCUUUACUUUACUGAUCAGUGUGCACCUUGUCAGUUUUGGUGUGUUUUGUUAGCUUCUACUGUAAAGAUGUUGAUAUGACCUUGGAUUUGCCCUUAGGGUUGAAUAUCCUCUGUGAGGCGUCUCACAAUGGAGUCUGAUGGUUAACUGGGUGGGACUGCUUCCCUCUACAGUUUUCUGUGGGAAUGAGCUAGUAGACACAACAUACACUGAGUGUACAAAACAUUAAGGACACCUGCUCUUUCCAUGACCAGCUGAACCCAGGUGAAAGUUAUGGUCCUUAAUGAUUUAGUUGUUGUGUAUUUGUUAUGGAUCUCCAUUAGCUUUCAACAAACAAACAAAACUGCCGUUGCAGUGGGCUAAGGAAUGAAAACACUGGAAAGUUGGAAACCUACUGCCUGGUCUGAUGAAUCCCUCUUCCUGCUGUUUCAUGCUGAUGGGAAGACUGGGGUAUGGAGGAAACCACAAGUACAUACAUCCAGUGGUGGAAAAAGUACCUAACUGUCAGACUGAGUGAAAGUAGUGAUACCUUAAUAGAAAAUUACUCAAAUAAAAGUGAGUCACCCAUUAAAAUACCACUUGAGUAAAAGUAUUUGGUUGUAAAUAUACUUAAGUAUCAAAAGUAAAAGUAUGAAUAAUUUCAAAUUCCUGAAAUUAAGCAAACCAGAUGGAACAAUUGUCUUGUUUAAAAAAAAAUAUUACAGAUAGCCAGGGGCAGACUCCAACACUGACAUCAUUUACAAACGAAGCAUUUGUGAUUAGUGAGUCUGCCAGAUCAGAGGCAGUAGGGAUGACUAGGAUGUUAUCUUGAUAACUGUGUGAAUUGGACCAUUUUCUGUCCUGCUAAUCAUAAAAAUGUAACGAGUACUUUUGGGUGUCAGGGAAAAUGUAUGGAGUAAAAAGAAAAUUAUUUUCUUUAGGAAUAUAGUGAAAUAAAAGUUGUCAACAAUAUAAAUAGUAAAGUACAGAUACCCCCCCAAAACUGCUAAAUUAGUUUAGAUAAUUUUUGCUUCAGUACUUUACACCACUGCAUGCAUCCAUGCCGUGUGUCAGCAUUACAGGCUGGUGGUGUGAUGGUUGGGGUGUGUUUUCAGGGCACACAUUGGGCCUCUUGAUAAAAGUUGAGCAAUGUUUGAAUGUCACAGGAUAUCUAAACAUCAUUGCCAAUCAGGUGCCUCCCUUCAUGGCAGCAGUGUAUCCAUCUGCAAAUAGAUUUCUUCAGCAGGAUUAUGCCACAGGGCUUGUCCAGGAAUGAUUCCAAGAACAUGACAGUGAAUUCAGUUUACUGCAGUGGCCUGACGAGUCACCAGAUCUCAAUCCAAUUGUGCAUCUGUAGGAGGAGAUGGAAGGAGCUAUUCAGAGUAGAGAUCCACUCCCAGCCAACUUGACACAAUUGUGGGAAGCAUUGGAGUCAACAUGGGCCAGCAUCCCUGUGGAACACCUUCAACACCUUGUAGAGUCUAUGCCCCGAUGAAUUGAGGCUGUUCUGAGGACAGGGGGGGGGGGACUCAAUAUUAGGAAUGUGUUCCUAAUGUUUGUGCACUCAGUGUAUAUCAGAUAAAGAUGGCUUAAUCAGUUCUCAGCAUUAUUUUCGGUGUAUUAUUUUAUUACUAAGCUUUUGUUUAUUGAUAAACAGGGAAUGAAUCAACUGUUUAUUAAAUUGUAUUUUAAUACUUGAUUCAUUAUUGUAGUCAUUGAUGAUGAAUGUAUUUGAAUAACUGUGUUGAAGUUGAUUGAUCUGGCGGCAGGUAGCCUAGCGGUUAAGAGUGUUGGGCCAGUAACUGAAAGGUCACUGGUUUGAAUCCCGAGCCGACUUGGUGAAAAAUCUGUCAAGGCAAUUAACCCUUAUUUGUCCUGUAAGUCGCUCUGGAUAAGAACAUCUGCUAAAUGACAAGAAUGUAAUGAAAAAUUGUUUGUACAUACAUUUUUUCUCUCUUGUGUAUAAUUAAAUGAAAUAAACUCUUCUAAAACAUC